GCAGACAAUUUUGUGAAAAAGAAAAUCGCAACUUACUCCUGAUACAUAACCGUCCCUCUUUUGUUUCCUUUGCAUCAGUUCUCCAUAACGAUUUUGCAAACCCACUUACAUUCAUUUCUUCCCAAGUCAAACCACCAUCACCAUCCAAAGCCAUGAAGUACACCACCUCCACCCUCACCCUCCUCUCCCUCCUCCUCAGCACUCCCCUCACCGCCGCCUUCCAAGUCCGCUUCUUACGCUCCAACGACUGCAGCGGCGAUGCGAUCGGCGACUCCAAGCACUUCACGCCAGACACGACGUGCACGUGGGAGCACACGCUCAACGGCGCACAGUCGAUGUUCAUCAGCCACAGCGACGAGGGUGACAACGACAGGAUGGUCAUCUUGUACGAAGGCAAGGAGUGCAACCCGCGGGACGCGAAGGAGCGCCACGACAACAUCGACGGGUAUGGUUUCGACGGGAAGUGCGUGCCGAUCAAGAGCAAUAUUGGGAGUCUGCAGGUCUGGCAUUUGAACAAGGCGGCGGACGAGCUCUAGAUUGAUGGAUCGCUGCCUGGUCGCAUUGGAUUUGCGGAUUUCUGUUUUAUUUCCUUUCUUUUCUUCUGGCUCGUCGUUGAUAUAUCCCCAAUGAAAAUGCUCUCUGGUGGAGGGCCGAGAUACCCUGCAAUGGGGCUGGUUAAGGUCGAUGUUCAGGAUGGGCAUUUAGGAUGAAUUGAGGUUUGGAGGAGUUUCGAUUAUUUGUUAUGUAGGAUAUGCAGCAAAUUUGAGGUUGUCGAG